UCUUCUUCCAGUUAAACAUUCAUUCAAACUCAUCUCCAGUUAAGAAUCGUCGUCUCUCGGUGUUGGUUCAAUUCCCAAUUAAAUCAAUUUUCUUAAUCAUCAAUGUUAUUUUAUAUUCAAUUGUGUAACUGAUUAACUAACUAACCAACAUCCGUAUAAUCAUCAACAUCAAUAUCACCAUCAGCAUCAUUAUCAUCAACAAUUGUCAUUGUCGUCCUCAUCUUUGUCACAAGUGUCAACACUAUUGCUAAACAAUAACAAACAAAUUGUCAACUCUUGUAACUUUGUGUGUCUCUCAAUUAUUGAUUUAAAAUAAUCAAUUGAUUAAUAUUUAAAUUCACAGGAGAAUCAACAAUUGUCCGGAUAGUUUAGUUUUCCGGAUAAUUAACUGAUUGGUGUCAUUAAUUGUUUUAUCAUCAAUUGUGAUUAUUUAAUAGAUUAAAUAUAUUUUGUGUGAUUAAUUAUUACGAUAACAAAUCAAAACCAAAAAUGAUUCGGAUUAAUUUACUUGUUAUAUUCACAUUAUUACUCUUGUCAUCAAGCUUAGCUGAUGAAAUUCAUGAGAAAGGUGAUCAAUCCAAUGGUGCAGAUAAGAAUCCAAGUUCAGCUGAAAUUACCGACGACGACGAAAUGAUUAAGGCCGAAAGUCAGGAUAUUCUUGACCAUAAGGCUUAUCCACCAAUCCACCAGGGUCAAUUUGAAACAGGUUCAGCCCCUAAUCACAAUUAUCAUCACUCAAUGGGCCCACCACCACCUCCAGGUCCCCCUAAUCACAGUGAAUUAGGACCACCAGGACCACCACCACCACCUCCACCACCACACCAUCCAAUGAUUAACCGACCCGGUUACAUGUUGUCCAAUUUACCUCCACCAAAAGGUCAUCAUGGCCAUGGUCCAGUUGGAUCCUAUGGUCCUGGUCCCAUGGGUCCAGUACCACCUCAAGUUGGCUCUGGUUCACCAGUCUACUCCGGCCAUGGUCUUCCACCUCCACCACCUCCACCUCCAGGUCAUCCAGUGGAAAAUCAAAUUGAAUAUGGUCCCGAAGCCAAUCAUGCUUAUCAAGGUUAUGAAGGUAAUGGUCCUUCAAAUGGACCUGUUGGUCAAGUUGCUGUUGCCCCUGCUCCUCACCAUGGUUCAGGUUCUGGUCAACAACAAUCGCAACACAAUGAAAACUGGCCUUUACCCGCACCCGAAAUGCCAAAAAUAUCUCAUCUCGAUGUAAAGUGCGAGAAAAAUUUAAUGAAAGUUGCAAUUGAAUUUGACAAACCUUUCAACGGAAUCAUCUUCUCAAAGGGUCACUAUUCACAUGGUAAUUGUGUCCAUCUUCCCGCUGCUUCAGGUCGAAACUCUGUUUACUUUGACAUCGGUAUAACCACUUGUGGUACAACAGGUAAUACACAAAAUGGUCUUUAUGGUAAUGGUGCUUCUUCCGGAAGUGGUACCUUUUUUGAAAAUACAAUCGUCAUUCAAUACGAUCCUCAAGUUCAAGAGGUCUGGGAUCAGGCCAGAAAGUUACGUUGUACUUGGCACGAUCAAUAUGAAAAGUCCGUCACAUUCCGUCCAUUCCCAGUUGACAUGUUGGAUGUAGUUCGUGCUGAUUUCGCUGGAGACAAUGUUGGUUGUUGGAUGCAAAUUCAAGUCGGAAAAGGACCUUGGGCCUCUGAGGUUGCAGGUAUCGUUAAAAUUGGUCAAACAAUGACCAUGGUGUUGGCCAUUAAGGACGAAGAAAACAAAUUCGAUAUGCUUGUUCGUAACUGUAUUGCUCACGAUGGUAAACGUGCACCAAUUGAACUCGUCGAUUCUCAAGGUUGUAUCGUCCGACCAAAACUCAUGUCCCGAUUCACCAAGAUCAAGAACUUUGGCUCGUCAGCGACUGUCCUUAGCUACGCUCACUUCCAAGCCUUUAAAUUCCCUGAUUCAAUGGAAGUUCACUUCCAAUGUACCAUUCAAAUCUGUAGGCACCAAUGUCCAGAACAAUGUUCAGCCUCAAGCGGACCACCAGAUCAACUUCCUGGUUCAGUUGUCAGCUCCUCACUUGGCGGUCCAGCUGAAGGACGCGGUGGUCAACAACAAGAAAACUAUGCCUCUGCCAGUUCAUAUCAUGCUAUUGGUAAACCUCGUGAAGAGCGUGAUGUCUCAAGGCGACUCGAGGACAUGAUCAAAGCGGAAUACACCAUGGAUUCAGCGACUGAAAUCGGUUUGAAUAAAAUCAUUCAAGUUGUUUCUUCCGGUGAUCUUGCCUUCAGUUUAGCAUCAAAUGAAUCAGUUCCAGUUCUCGAUAUUUCCGAUCUUCAACCAAUCGAUCAAAUUUGCAUGUCAACAAUAUCCUUUGCCACCUCUGUAAUCGUCUUAAUUGCCAUCCUAAUCAUCUCAUGUUUAAUCAGUGUUUUCCUUUGUCUCUAUCAACGGUCAGCUGAAAAAUCAUCCUCAUCAUCUAAAUUAGCUGAACUUUCAAUGCCCUAUGAGAUCCGAACCUAUCCCAGUUCAAAAUGUUCAACAUUAACUGGUCGAUAAUUAAAAUCAAAAUUAAUUGUUAUAAAUAUUAUUAAAACAACACCUACAUCAUCACCAUCAUCUUCUUCAUCUUCAUCUUCACCAUGAUCAUCUCAUCUUUAGAUAAACUUUUUACAAUUGUCUUGGACACAACGACCCACCCACCCACCUAAAUUACUCAUGAAAUAUAAUUGCGCCGAGGUAUUUGAAGGCCAGAUUCAUUGGUGCCAAUAUCGAUAUCAAAAGAAAAGUAAACCAAUAAGAAGAAAAACAGAAAACGCAUCAUUUCCGUUUCCGUUUUCCAUUCUUAUUUCUUUUCUUUUAUGAUAAGAAAGAGAAAGAAAGAGAGAUAAAUCAAUUACUCUCUUUCAUCUCAUCUUGAUCAUAUUUUCUCAUAAAUUCUCAUCGUCAUCCUUUAGUCAUUUACUAUCAUCAUCAUCAUCAUCAAAUAUUAAAUCAUCUUCAUCAAUCAAUUGAAUUAAAUAGACAAUGUUUUCGGUUGGGAAAUAUCAUCAAUAUAAAUUUUAUUGCGAAAAUGAAUUAAGAUUAAGGAUAAAGAAUCAACAGCGAGUUAAUCAAUUUGAACGAUCAUCAGUUAAUAAUAUAAGGAAUUAAACACUGUCAAUCAACUCUGAUGAUUAGAAUCAAUCAAAUCAAUCAAAUGAAAAAUUCAAUCAUCAACAAUUUAGUUUUCAACAUCUUUUACUUAAUCUAAAUUCAACAACAAUUAAACCUAAACAUACACAAUCAAAAGUAAUCAACUUUUUUGUAUUCUUAAUUAACAGUAUGCAACAUUUGCAAUAAAAACAAUUAAAUAACAAUUUGUGGAUUAAAUGAAAUUUAUAUAAAUUAAAGACACAAUUUAAAAUUAAACAAUUUAAA